AUGGUCACGAAGGCUAGUGACCUCAUUCGUUUGGCGAAAAAGAAGCCACCUGUGGGGAAAAACAACAAGCAUCACGUCCUCCGUCUCCGUGGUCCCGGCUGGAUUGGACCUGGAUUUUCUGGCUGCCCAAAACCCCACGAGGAGAAUGAGCAGAUAGAAUAUGAUGAUAGCAAUCAGCCCUGGGAUGUACAACAUGAUGAUGACGCGGUUGUGCCAACUGUUGAAGACCAACGGCGUGGAGAUUCUUGGGGAUUCCUGGUUGCUGAAAAUUCGUCGACAGUCCACGACUGGUCUCGCCUUUCUUGGAGCUUCCCAGGUAAGCGCACUUCCCGAAUUCCCGUUAACUUUAUGUUCUACUUGAACCCAAAUUGCACGAAAUUAACGGACUGCACUCAUUUGCAAAUCAGUUUGGUUUUGCGGGAGGCUCACCCGGAACCCGGCUGA